CCUCUUUGCUCUCCUGCCCUUGGGAUCGACCAGGUAGUGUCCGGCUUUCCUCCAGCGAGACCAUGAGUUUCACUACCCGUUCCACCACCUUCUCCACUAAUUACCGCUCCCUGGGCUCAGUCCAGGGGACCGGCCAGCGGUUCCGGCCGACCAGCAGCGCCGCCAGCGUCUAUGCAGGCGGCGGCUCUGGGUCCCGAAUCUCCGUGGCCCGCUCCAGCAGCAUCCGCGGAGGUUGGGGAGCCGGGGCCGGGAGCGUGAUGGGGGGAAUGGUCGGGAUCGGGGGGAUCCAGGGGGAAAAGGAGACCAUGCAGGAUCUCAACGACCGCCUCGCCUCCUAUCUGGAACGCGUGAGGAAUCUGGAAACCGAGAAUCGCAAAUUGGAAGGGAAAAUCAGGGAGCAUAUGGAAAAGAAGGGACCUCGCACUAGAGAAUGGGGACACUAUUUCAAGACGAUUGAAGAUCUGCGAGCGCAGAUCUAUGCAAGCUCGGUGGACAAUGCCAGAAUCGCCCUACAGAUUGAUAAUGCCCAACUGGCUGCUGAUGACUUCAGAGUCAAAUAUGAAACAGAGCUGGCCAUGAGACAGUCUGUAGAGAAUGACAUUCAUGGCCUUCGGAAGGUCAUUGAUGAUACCAACAUGAAUAGACUACAGCUGGAAUCAGAGAUUGAAACCCUGAAAGAAGAACUGAUCUUCAUGAAGAAGAACCAUGAGGAGGAGGUGAAUUCUCUACAAGCCCAAAUCGCAGGCUCUGGACUGACUGUGGAGGUGGACUCUCCCAAAUCUCAGGAUUUGAGCAAAAUCAUGGCUGAUAUAAGAGCCCAGUAUGAUUCUCUGGCUCAGAAAAACAGAGAGGAUCUUGAUAAAUAUUGGUCCCAGCAGAUUGAAGAGAGCACUGUGGCGAUCAACACAAGAUCUGAAGAGGUGGAAGCAGCUCGAAACACUGUCACUGAGCUGAAACGCACAGUCCAGUCCUUAGAGAUUGACCUGGAUUCCCUUCGAAAUCUUAAAGCCAGCUUGGAGGAGAGCCUGAGGGAGGUGGAAACCCGCUAUGCCUUCCAGAUGGACCAGAUCAAUACAGCCCUGAGACACCUGGAGGCAGAGCUGGGACAGACGCGCACAGAGGGGCAGCGUCAGGCCCAGGAAUAUGAGGCCCUGUUCAACAUUAAAGUCAAACUGGAAGCAGAGAUCAACACUUAUCGAAAUCUGCUGGAAGAUGGAGAGGGCUUCAGUCUUGUCCAUGCCUUGGACAGCAGCGGCAGUUCCUUGCAUAAGAACAGCACUCGGAAGACUGUAGACGGCAACAAAGCGGCGGCAGAGACCAAUGAUACCAAGGUCCUGCGGCGUUAGGGCCAAAAAAGACCUGGACUGAGUCUGAGUCAGGAAGUUAAUAAAGGCUCCUUGGUCACCUAA